CUCAAUUACCGACUUAUUAGGAAUCGUGUUGUCGGCGAAAGUCUUUAAAGAAUUAACUAGGAAUCAUUAUAGGUUUAUCAGUUUCACUUUUGUUGUCUUAAGGAAAAUAGAUGCAUGAAAGGAAAGAUAACUAGCUGAUUAGGUUGCGUUAAUAUUGGUGACAACCCCCGCAAUCGAGAUGUGGAUGGAGUUUGUUCUGUUUCUUAUAAAGUUGACUGAUUAUAAAAAGACCCUCAUUCUAUCUUAGGGAAGAUUCUUAACAAAGAUGUGGUCACAAUUUCUACUCUUUCUGACAUUAACUUUAAUCAUUCAAUUAAAACCAGUGAUUGCAGGGGAUUUAAACGAUUUGAAGGAAACGCAAGGAGACAAUAAGAACGUCAAAACAAUUGGUGUCGACGAAGAAGAGAUAAAGAAUAUAAAAAGACUUCGUAACUUUGUGGGAAAACGUGAACAUGUAAAUGACGAAGAUACCAGUUUCAAAGACAGAAUAGGUAGAAUACAUUCAUUGGACUUAGUUUCAAGUGAUAAACGCUUAAGAAAUUUUCUUGGAAAACGUUCAGAAACAGACAGUUUUUUUCAACAAAAGCGUUUAAGAAACUUUUUAGGUAAACGUUUGUAUACUUCUAACGAUAAAAGGUUGCGAAAUUUCGUAGGCAAAAGAGAAGAUUUUACAACUGAAGAUAAACGUUUAAGGAAUUUUGUUGGUAAAAGGAACGAUCUGAUAUCAGAAAAAAAGCGAUUAAGAAAUUUCGUGGGCAAAAGAGACGAGUUUACAUCGGGAGAAAAGCGAUUGCGAAAUUUCGUGGGCAAAAGGGACGAGUUUACAUCGGAAGAAAAGCGAUUACGAAAUUUCGUGGGCAAAAGGGACGAGUUUACAUCGGAAGAAAAGCGAUUGCGAAAUUUCGUCGGAAAAAGAAGUGACAGAGAUUUCAGUGAGGAAAACAGUUUGCAAAAGGUCGAUGAUAAUAACCAGAAAAGUGGUCAAAAUCAAGAAAAACGCCUGAGAAACUUUUUAGGAAAACGGAAUGUAUUUGACGUUGAUGUGAAACGAUUAAGGAAUUUUCUUGGAAAACGAAUCUUCACGGAUAGCAGUCUCCAUAAAAGAUUACGAAAUUUCGUAGGAAAGCGGUCUGAUGACAUACUUGAAAAACGAUUACGGAAUUUUUUAGGCAAACGAUAUAAUGUGGAUUCAAGUGAAGGGCCAUUCUCGUACCAAGUGAAAAGAUUACGGAAUUUCCUUGGAAAAAGGGAUUAUUUUAAAUAUGGAGAUGCUGUCAAAAGGUUAAGAAAUUUCCUAGGAAAACGCGACAACCCUUUUAAAUUGGAGUACUCCAAUUUUAAAACAGGAAACGAUUUAGCUGACAGUUUUAAAACUUCAAGUGGUGCUGGGCCAGUUUCCAAACGUUUACGGAAUUUUGUAGGGAAACGUGAAUAUUUCGAAUCCAAGGAUAAACGCUUGAGAAAUUUUGUUGGAAAACGUGAAAAAACUCAUGACAAUUUAAAUGAAGAAAAGCGACUAAGAAACUUCCUUGGUAAACGACAAGGCCAAUCACAGUCACAGUUGGAAUCGGACAAUAUUACGGAACAAAAACGACUGGGGAAUUUCGUCGGUAAAAAGAGAGAUAUCCGUGAUUCCGAAGACGAUAACGACGAACCAAUGCAGAAACGGCUGCGAAAUUUUGUUGGUAAAAGAGAAGAAGAUGGUGACAUUGAAGAAGAGAAAAGAUUGAAGAAUUUUGUCGGGAUACGAGAUUCCAAUGACGACAAUGCUGUGGAGAAACGACUCAGAAAUUUUGUUGGCAAACGUUCUGCUGAAACGGUUGAAAAACAGGAUUAUCCUGAUACCUUCUCCAGAAAAAGACGCUCCUUGGAUGAUUAUGAAGAAUUUUACAAUCCAAGCAAACGAUUAAGGAAUUUUGUUGGAAAAAGAUCACAUUCUGAUUAUUUCCAUGAUAUUUCAGAAGAAAAACGCUUGAGGAAUUUCGUUGGAAAACGUCAGUCUUCUUACUUCAGCUACCCCGAGAAACGACUCCGAAAUUUUGUUGGUAAACGUUUGAGAAAUUUUGUGGGCAAAAGAAGUGAAUAUGACCUGAAUGGAGAUUUCACACCAUGGUACCUAGAGGAACAGAAACGUCUUCGGAAUUUCGUCGGCAAGAGGGACGGCCCGUAUUUAUCAUAUCCCAAAUACCCAGUACAAAAGCGUCUGCGAGAUUUUUUAGGUAAACGUAGCAGCUCUCUGGAUGACACGGAAUAUAGCCAGGACCAAACAUACGGCAUUGACAAACGACUACGGAAUUUUGUUGCCAAACGAUCUCCAUCUGAAGUGUACGGCACCCUUUAUAACGAGCCCAGUGUGCAUCAACCCCAUAAAAGAUUUGAAGAAGUUAUACGCAAAAGAGUGGCAAGAGCUGUUUCCUCGCAAUUUGUUCCUGUUAUUCAUAAAAGACUUCGUGAAUUUAUCGGGAAAUGAUGUUUUGUCUGCUGUAUUAAUGUAAGUGGACAAAAUGUUAUGUUAUUAAAUAAAAAGCCUUUCAUUUUUUUGUUGUAAAGUUGUAUUUAUAAUGAAAAAAAAAACGCUGGGAGUAAAAUAUAUU